AAAUUGGUCGACAAAAAGUGCGCGGAGUACGAUUCCCGCUUUAAAUCUGUUAAAUUCGAAAGGGCGCCAACAAAAUCUGCUUCUCUCUCUCUCUCCAUUUAUACUUCUCUCUCAUCUCGGCUUAUUACCCGAUCCGAUCCGAACCGAGGCGCGGCGCGGCGCGGCAUCAGAAAUGUUCGGCAGAAUCAGAGCUUCCACUUCGUCGCUGGACACCUUAGAAGGUUCUCCGUCCAAGAUUCUCAAAGAUGACACGUUCUCCGUCUACGAGGCUACUCUCAUGAAGCUAAAGCUUGGUGCUCGACGCGAUAUAAGUGCGUGCACAUCCUCCGAGGUUAUAAAUGCUUGUUCAGUUAGUGCACCUUGCACUGAGGAAGAAAAUCUUAAGGCAGAUUUAAAUCCAGCAAGCACUUCAUGUUCCGAGAUAACGAUGAUGGGCAUGCAUUCUGAUGGUUCUUCUUCCCCUAGGGUUAGUAACGUUGAACAACGAAGGCAGUGUAACGUUUCCAUUCUUCAUUUCUAUAAAGUUGAAGAUACCGGACGUGCCGGUGUGUCAUCUUCUGGAGAGACAACAGCAUCAUCGGGGAAUGGCAGUUCUGAAUCUAUCUCAUCAACUUCUGCUGAAUCUCAUUAUAGAAGUGAAGAAGGUGUUCAAAUUUCGCAAGAUUGUGAAAUGUCGGAUUAAAAUGAUCUGGAAGCAACGAAAUGAGCAAUUAUGCCAAGGUUAAACAAACAGUUACACCUUCCACUGCUUCUAUCAGUAGUUAAAUUCCAUGCAAACUAUUUUCUGUAAUGUUGUGUUGCAUCUCAUUCUGCUUACACUUCAAGUGUAGACCAUGUAUUGUUUCAAGUAUAUCAGAUACUCUAGUUUUUAUACCAAAUUUUGGUAAAUUUAGAGUGUGCUAGGAAAAAUUAGUGAAAAAAUUAAAGAGUUUAAAUGUUAGUUAAAAUUGAUAAGCUUGCCAGUAAGCAUCUCUGGUGAACUUGCAAAAUUCAAUUCAUCUAUAACUUUCUGACUGAAAAAAAAAAAAAAACCAUGAACCUUUUUGCCUGUUUUGCUCAUAAAUCUUGUUCAGUGGAUCGAUUAAGCUGCAUUUUUACGAGUAAAUUUACAGUGGAUUAUGC